AUAAAAUUGUGUACGCAUUUGUUAAAAGGGUUAGCAAAAUCCUUUAUUUAUUCCGAAUACAAAGUGAAAACUUUUUUAUUUUGUUUCGUUAAAUAUAUAUAUUUUUUUUUACUAAAGUGUUAAUUAAGUUAAAGUUAAGUUUAAUCCUUAAAUAAAAAAAAAAAUAAUCUUCCAAAUUAAUUCCUUUCUUUAAACUAAAACCAAAGAAAAGAAAAAAAAAAGAAAAAGAAAUAAAAUGGCCCUAGAUUUCGUCGCAACAUACAAAGUCCUUGUUUUAGGCGACUCAAAUGUAGGCAAGACCUGCAUUGUUCACAGAUAUUGCGAUGAAAAAUAUUACGACACAUAUAUUUCGACAAUAGGUAUCGACUUUAAGCAAAAACUAAUAAACUUAGAUGGAGUUCCAAUUAAAUUGCAAAUAUGGGACACAGCUGGCCAGGAGAGGUUUCGCACACUAACAACAGCCUAUUAUCGUGGAGCCAUGGGCAUCCUUUUGAUGUACGACGUUACAAACUUGGAGAGCUAUAAUAACUUGUCUUAUUGGCUACGUAACAUCCAAGAGAAUGCAUCACCGGAUGUUGUGAAAGUCCUUGCCGGUAACAAAUGUGAAUGCUCGUCCACACAACGGAUGGUCGAUAAGGAAAGAGGCGAGAAGAUUGCUGAAAACUUUGAAAUGCCAUUCUUUGAAGUAUCAUGCAAAUCAAAUAUUAACAUAGAAGAAGCUUUCUUAGCACUUGCCAGAAAAAUUAGAGAACAACGAGAACAUAGGGGUGAUAACUUUGAUGCGGAUGAUAAGACUCAAGAAAAAAAAUCACCUGGCUCCACCGGACUAGGUACAUUUACGUUAGGUAGUAUUUCCGAAGGUAGUCGUUGUUCCUGCUAAGUUUAUUAUUAUUAUUAAUAUUAUUAUUUUAUUUUUAAUAAUUCUAUAUACUUCUUGUUUUUAUAACAAAGAAGAAAACAAAAAUCAAGUGAUUUUUCAAAAAAAUUGUUUCUUAAAAAAAUUCCACAAAAAAAAGUGAAAAAAUUAAAAAGAAACUGACCUUAGUAUUAAAAUUUAAUCGCAUUUUUUUGUUAUAACUCAUAAACAAUAUAAAAAAAACAUUCAAAUAUUUAUCAUAAACAUCAUCAUAAUUAAUAACAACACCUGCGCAUCACAUUAUUUGUUGUUUCAAAGAAAACAAAUAUAAAUAUUUUGUUUGGCACAAAUGACACUUCACUUCAUCUUUACACAUCCAUAUUUGCAUUAAAUGUAACAUCGAACAAAAUAUAAAAAAAAAAUAACAAAACACAAAAGUUUUAAUAAAAUGAAAUAUUUUAAAAAAAAAAAAAAAAAAUUAUUUCCAUAGUCGAACAAAAAUUAAUAAUUAAUUAACAUUAAACUUAUAAAAAUGUAUCUUUAAAAAAAUACAAUUUUAUACUACAGAAACAAAAAGAAAAAAAUGUAAAAGUAAAAAUGAACUGGUUUGAUCAUUUGUGCAAGAAAUAAAUGUAAUGAAUUUUUAACUACGAUUAAAAGAGAAAAGUAAAAGGAAGAUGAACAAGUAAUAGGCAAAUUUGUUUAAAAUCAAAUAUUUUAUAUUCAGAUUUUUAUUUUUUUAUUCACAAUAUUCAAAGCCUUAUUCUCCUAUUCAUCACGAUGAUCGAACAAAUAUAAUCUUGAGACUGCUUUUAAGAUAACAAAUGGAGACCUUCUUGUAGCAAUGUUGCUAGUUGAAAUUGGCGUAAGAAUUAAGGGCAUUCGAAGGUGACAAAGUUACUGGUAUGUUGUCAUUCUUUUAAAUGGGGCAAGGUCCGACUAUAAUAGUGUGAACAGGGUGUUUUGGGUCGUAUGAAACCUAACGAAUAGGUACAAUUAAAUCAUAAGACGCACCCAUAAUAGCCAAUUUCUCAGUAUCUUCAGUUUUAUUUUUGAACGUGAAGGGCGCUCCUUACGGACGUCAAUAUGAAAACUGACAGCAUGUUUCUUU